CUUUCUCCCAAAUCUGUCUCUUCUUCCUUUGGACAGGCGAGAGAAGAAUUCGAUUCGUAGUCGCUGUCGGAAACGCUUUAACUCCUUUCAUCUGUCGAUCUGGAUGUCGAUUGCUGUUCUUCCCCUUCGGUUUCUUCUCCCGAUUUCUGGUAGCUCGGUCGUCUUUUGAGCUCGCAUUAGGGUUUUGGCCUUGAGCCCUGGACUGGGGAGGGCGGGGUCGUAGAGGUAAGGAAUUGACGGGAGCAGUGGAAGCAGGAGGGGAGGAUGAUUACGGAGAAGCCCGGUUGGGUUCGGCAUGAGGGGAUGCAGAUCUUCUCCAUUGACAUCCAAGCCGGAGGGCUCAGGUUUGCGACUGGCGGAGGAGAUCACAAGGUUCGGAUAUGGAAUAUGAAAUCAGUAGGGAGGGACUCUGAAAAUGAUGCUUCAACCUCAAGAUUGCUGGCCACAUUGCGUGAUCACUUUGGAUCAGUAAAUUGUGUUAGGUGGGCUAAGCAUGGUAGAUUUGUUGCCUCUGGAUCAGAUGAUCAGGUUAUCCUUAUUCAUGAGAGAAAACCUGGGUCAGGUACAACUGAGUUUGGCAGUGGUGAGCCUCCGGACGUAGAAAACUGGAAAGUUACUAUGACAUUAAGGGGUCAUACUGCAGAUGUGGUGGAUCUUAAUUGGUCUCCGGAUGACUUAACAUUGGCUAGUGGUAGUUUGGAUAACACUAUUCACAUCUGGAACAUCACUAAUGGCAUUUGCACUGCUGUACUGAGAGGGCAUUCCAGUUUAGUCAAAGGGGUUACUUGGGAUCCUAUUGGUUCUUUUAUAGCAAGCCAGUCGGAUGACAAGACUGUCAUCAUAUGGAGAACCAACGACUGGAGUUUGGCACAUAGGACUGAAGGCCACUGGUCCAAAUCGCUUGGCUCUACAUUUUUCAGGCGACUUGGGUGGUCGCCUUGUGGCCAUUUCAUUACUACUACUCAUGGCUUUCAAAAACCUAGACAUUCAGCCCCUGUUCUGGAAAGAGGUGAAUGGUCUGCUACCUUUGACUUUCUAGGCCAUAAUGCCCCCAUUAUUGUGGUAAAGUUUAACCACUCUAUGUUCUGGAAGCAAUUUUCUAAUAGCCAAGAGGCAAAUGCUGCACCUGUUGGAUGGGCUAAUGGAGCAUCCAGGACUACAGCAAAAGAAUGCCAACCAUAUAAUGUAAUUGCAAUUGGAAGUCAGGAUCGUACUAUAACUGUAUGGACAACGGCGAGUGCUCGCCCUCUAUUUGUUGCUAAACACUUCUUUACACAAAGCGUUGUUGAUUUAUCAUGGAGUCCAGAUGGCUAUGCACUUUUUGCUUGCUCUUUGGAUGGGACAGUGGCCACUUUCCAUUUUGAAGUGAAGGAGCUAGGGCACCGAUUAACUGAUGCUGAGCUGGAUGAGAUAAAGAGAAGCAGAUAUGGGGAUGUCAGAGGAAGGCAAGCGAAUGUAGCUGAAAGCCCUGCACAAUUGUUGCUUGAAGCAGUAUGUGCCAAGCAAUCGGCAAACAGAAAGGGAACAUCCAAUGUUGAGCAAAAUCAAAUAUCAGGAAAGGCUUCCAUCGAGCCAGUGAAUGCAAUUAACAGUCAGUCAAUUCACAAGGCUACUGAACCCCAAGUUAGAGAUAGCAAGAAAAAUGGAGAGGGCAGUGUGGAUGAUUUAAAUAAAAUUUCAUCUGUUCGGUUAUCAAGUCCACCAAAACAAAGAGAAUAUCGUCGUCCUGAUGGGCGAAAAAGAAUAAUUCCUGAAGCAGUUGGAGUACCUGCACAUAAGGAAAAUCUCUCUGCAGCCCAGGCUCAACUAGUGGAAUUCUCUUCCUUGGCCUUGGAUCAAGCAAAGGGUGAUCGUAAUGCUGUUGCUGAUGGAGUUAAAGAAACUUCCCUGAAGAGACCAUUCAGUGGAAGUUAUGAUGCAUAUAGCUAUCCUGACAAGUGUAACAACUGUGGAUCUAAGGAGCGUUCUGGAAUCACUGCAAGGGCUAAUAUUAAUGAAAGCCUCAUCAUUGAGAAAGCACCGACUGUGUCAAACAUUGAUGCGAGGACAAAUGUAGAACAUAUGGGCUCUAUAGGCAUGCCAAGUUCGUUGACAUCAUGUAAUGCUCUUUCUAUUCGGGUAUUCAACAAGAAAGACUGUGAAGAUAGUUUACCAAUUUGCCUGGAGGCUAAGCCCAUAGAACAAUCUGUACAUGAUGUAAUCGGUGUUGGUAAUGCAUUUUUUACAAAAGAAACUGAAAUAAGAUGCACAAAAGGAUCUGAAACCCUUUGGUCUGAUCGUAUAUCUGGAAAAGUAACUGUUUUAGCUGGAAAUGCCAACUUUUGGGCUGUUGGUUGUGAAGAUGGCUGCCUACAGGUAUAUACUAGAUGUGGAAGACGAGCUAUGCCGGCCAUGAUGAUGGGCUCUGCUGCAGUUUUUGUAGACUGUAAUGAGUCUUGGAAUUUACUCCUUGUUACAAGAAGAGGUUUGCUGUAUGUCUGGGACCUUUUUAAGAGGACUUGCAUUUUGCAUGAGUCUUUAGCUUCUCUAGUUACUUCGAGGGAGGAUUCUUCAACAAAAGAUGCUGGUACCAUAAGAGUUAUAUCCGCAAGAUUCUCAAGAGCUGGUUCUCCCCUUGUUGUUCUUGCCACACGCCAUGCCUUUCUGUUCGACAUGAGCCUGAUGUGCUGGUUAAGGAUUGCUGAUGAUUGUUUUCCAGCUUCGAACUUUGCGAGUUCCUUUAACUUAAGUUCCAUUCAGAGUGGUGAACUGGGUAAAUUGCAGGUUGAUGUUGGCAAGUUCAUGGCAAGAAAGCCAAGUUGGACAAGGGUGACGGAUGAUGGGACACAGACACGUGCACAUUUGGAAACACAGUUGGCAUCAUCGCUUGCCUUAAAAUCACCUAAUGAGUAUCGUCAGUGCCUUCUCUCUUACAUACGGUUUCUUGCAAGAGAAGCUGAUGAGUCUCGGCUGCGUGAAGUUUGUGAGAGUUUUCUUGGGCCUCCUACCGGAAUGGCUGAAGUUACAGUUGUGGAUUCAGAGAACCCAGAAUGGGAUCCUAAUGUGCUUGGAAUGAAAAAGCACAAACUCCUCAGGGAAGAUAUACUUCCAGCCAUGGCAUCUAACAGGAAGGUCCAACGGUUGCUAAACGAGUUCAUGGAUCUUCUUUCCGAGUAUGAAACUAGUGAAACUAAUGCAGAUCAUAUGGACGUUGUCCUACCAACAAAUGAUGCCAACUCAUGAAGUUUUUUGCAUUUGGAAGCAUCAUUUACCAUGGCAGCACAGAAUCAGUCGACUGUUUUUGUGGAUCGUGUAGGAUGAUGAGGGACACUACUGAUUUUGUCUUAAUUCGCCUACUAGUUCUAACCAUCAUGUAGCAAUUGGCAACUUAUGUGCUACAUAAAAGCCAUAGUCAAAUCCUUUCCUUCUUCCACUGUAUCUUCUCAUCUUAUAGUGCAGUUUGUGAGCCUUCUGCCAAUCAUUUGAGUUGUUGGAGGAAACCAGUUAGGGUUUUCAGCUUCAUCUUGAUGUUUGGAAAAAUGAAGACGAAGAACUUUCUUGGAUUUUUA